CACCUUUGUUCUCCUUUGCAUUAUGACAAAUAUUUCAGACGACGCUAUCUUAGAACUAGUGUUCAAUCCAGAGGCCCAGGGGUUACCGCUAGAAGCCGUAUCAGAUACCGUAGACACAACGGGUGCUAGAGAAAUACCCACAGAUAUUCUUACACAAGUCCAGGAACUGGAAGCCCAAGGAGUCAAGCUCGCUGAGGAAGAAAAACUCGACGAAGCGUUGGAAAAGCUCACACAAGCCAUCACAAUAUGUGAUUAUUACGCAUCCGUCUACAACAACCGAGCUCAAGUGUAUCGACUGAAAAACGAUUUAGAAAGCGCAGUGACUGAUCUUGAGCAAGCCAUGAAACACGGCGUUGGUCAGCCCAAGGUACUAAGACAAGCAUAUACCCAGAGAGCCAUUAUCAGGAAGCAACAAGGCAAUCUAGAAGGAGCACAAGCUGAUUUCGAGCGAGGCGCUAAGUUCGGAAACCCAAUCGCAAAAUCAAUUACAGUAAAUGAGAACCCAUAUGCAAAGAUGUGCAACCAAAUUAUGUUAGAGGUGAUGGGACGGCAGGUCAACCCUCAAGGUAGUAACCAAGAGACCACACAGGAAUGAAGGAUAAGCUCUUUUUGGAGAUGGCUGUAUUAUCGAUGAGGCUUGAAACAGUAUUUGUAAUAUUGUUCUCAAACCCAACUGAUGAAAAUAAAACAUUUAUAUCCAGGAAAAUGGAAGCAACCAAGGGUAUGAGACAGAUAUGCACAGAAGGAAUUUCUAUAUUACAAUAUUUAUUACUGCAACGAUUGCACCAUGGCGGCAUGAUCCUUACAAAUAUUAAGAAAAAUGGAUCCAUAGCGUUCAAACUUGUCGUCGGUAAUGUUGUCUGGAUCAAUUUGAAGGAACUGGAGCAUGUUGGUUGGUAAACGCUGUGC